UGUUUAAACCUAGAUUUAUCUUUUUAAAAAAAAGGACAAAGUUAGUACGAAUGUUAUGAUAAAAGGCUAAAAUAAUGCCGUUCCUUUGAAAAGUGUUUGCUUAAUAUCUUUUCUUGAUUGACAAUAAAACAGAGUUGAGUUGUCGUUCUUGUAGUGAUGAUAGUAAAUAUGCACGAGAAAGGUGUGACGAACAGUGUAAAUUUGACGCUCGUGCAACUAAAUCAAACUGAGAUAACAAAAUAUUUGCCAGUAACGAUAAUUCUCGUGGUGAUUAUGUGCGUAGGAAUAAUUGGGAAUAUUUUAGUGUUAUUCAUUUACAAGCUGAAGUUUAAACAAUCUAGUGCCCGAGUAUAUAUUCUAAGUUUGGCGCUCGCAGAUUUAACAGUUUGCUUGUUCGGCAUACCAUACCACGUGCUGGAUUUGACACUCGUAUUGACUUAUACAUACAAACCAUUAUGUAAGACUUUCAGUUAUUUCAUGGGAGCUUGUACUCAAAGUUCUAUUUUUAUACUUUUAGUGGUUGGCUUGGACAGGUACCUUAAAAUUUGCAGACCUCUGAAAAAGCAAAUAGUUGAUUUUGGUGACAGAAAAGCAUGUGCUAUUGCGGUUGGUGUGGCGAUGUUUUUGUCCAUUCCAAAUGGAAUUAUUUAUGGUCAUAGUUCCGUUAAUACCGGAGUAGACAACUUGACAGGGAUAGAAUGUUUCAUUGAUGAUAAAUACCACAGUUCUUGGGUAGCAUUCGGAUAUUUCGGUUUAAUUGUUCUUGUAUUUCUAGUCUUAAUAAUGUUACUUAUAUCAAUGUACGCUUUAAUAUGCCACACCAUAUAUAAAAGUGGCUCCUCUAUUAUUGAAGUUUCUUUUAAACGUAAGAUAGAUCCACGCCUUUGCUGCAGAAAUGAAUCACGUGACAUUAAAGCGGAAGCGGAAAUGGUAAAUCGGAGUUCUGGUACGUCUACGAAAACCAAAGAAUCUAGAAGAAAAGAAAUCAAGUGCGCUGAACAUAAAUUUGUUCGAAAGGACACAAUGAUACGGUACUCCCGGAAACUAGAUAUGAAAACCGUCGAGAAUAAUACAAGAAAGAUAACUCUUAUGAUGAUGACAAUUACUAUUGUGUUUAUAAUAGCUUAUCUCCCGUUUAUUAUUAUUUCUAUGGUGGAUGUUCUAGACGAAAAGUUUUGGGAAAAACUGACAUAUUGGGAAGCUUUACUGUAUGAUUUUCUGUUGCGAAUUUAUCUGAUCAAUCAUGCAGCAAACCCUAUAAUAUACAGCUUUUGGGAUGACCGGUUUAGAAAAGAAAGUGUCAAGUCAUUUAAAAGUGUAUUGCUCUGCCGGGGUGACUUUAAACUACACGCGAAAACCACCGAUAGCAAAUUCACGUCUCGGGCAAAUUCAACAAAACUUACUGAAAGCUUUCUAAUAUAAGCUUUGAAGUAAGUUUCUUUGAAUGCUUUUUGUCACAUAUUUAUAUAGACUCUUUUUGAAAGAUUUAAAACGAAUGGGUUUUUUUAAUUAUACAUAGCUGUGGUAAACAUAAUUUCAUUGUGUUUUAUCAUUUUGACGAUGUUAAGUCAUAGAACGUUUCAAGAAGCCGUGCAGUGCUUAUUUGUUUUGACUUAUAGCCAGCCUUUUGUGUGUGAAAUUUAGUUCCAUCCGUUCAGCCACAUCAUUUAUAUCUGGAAGAGCAAAUUCGCUAAAAGUCUGAUCGGAUCAACAUUUUAAAAUUGUGCAAAACAUUAAUUCAAUUACAGGGUUUUAAAAGAGAAAAUUAAAACAUACGUGACAAACUAUAGAAAUAGAUUCAACAAUAUAUUCUUAAAUUAAAAACCUAUGUUGGCCGAUAGCGUCCAUUUUAAAACCGUGAGGAAUUUGAAUGUCAGUUUGUAAAAUGGCAACUUUUAAAUCAUCGAGAUUUUAUGUCCACAUUGUAUCAAUGUCGGGGCUUAUAGAAACUCUCGAGUUUCUCUGUCACACUUCUGUCCUAAAAGGUCGAGUUUUACAAAGGAAAUCGCGACAUUUAGACUAAUCCAAGCAAAGAUAUCCUUACUUUAGCUAGCCAUUAUAGCCCGCGCUAUUUUGUUGAAGGAUAGAGUUUGAGCGUUAAGCAUUUUAUACCCGCGAUUUUUUAUGAAAAUUCGUUGAUGAGGAACAAAAAAAUCGCGGCCCAUUAUUUUUUUCCUCGACUUUUUGUAGAAUUUUUACAACACUUGCAAAAUAUUUCUUUCUGUUCCUCGACUUUUUAUAGACAAACAAUGGAUAAAAUGGAGAGUCAAACCAUGAACGUUACCGCCCA